UGAUCAGGCCUGGCAAUCGGUCGCCGGGCUGGUGACCGUCUGCGCACACGGUGCUUCUCUUUGGGCUCAGGGCCGUGGGAGCCGGCGACUGUGUCGCCAGUCCUGGUUGCCAGCCAUGGCCUCUCUGCUGGCCAAGGAUGCCUAUCUUCAGGACUUGGCCAAGAAGAUCUGCGCGCAGCCUGGCCCUGAGCGGCAAAGGAACAAGUGUGCUAUCAGAACAAAAGGCUCAGAAGCUGCCAGGCCCCCAAAAAAGAAAAGGAAGAAAACACAAAAGAAAUCUUGGGAACAGGAACAGAAAGCUACAGAGCAAAAGACUAAACCCCUGGUGAAGAAGUCUCCCACCUCUUCAAGGGCCAAGCAACCAGUGGAAUCCAAAGAAGAGAACUCCAGCUCCCUGGAGUCCUCUAAAGAUAGCCAGGGCACAGCACCUGAUUCUGUCUUUGCAUUGGAUUUCCUGCGACAGCGGCUGCAUGAGAAGAUCCAGCUGGCCCGGGGCCAGGGCAGUGCCAAGGAGUUGUCUGCUGCCACUCUAGAGAAAAGACAGCGGAGAAAGCAGGAGAGGGAACGGAAGAAGAGGAAGCGGAAGGAGCUUCAAGCAAAGGAGAAGGCUGCAACAGCUGAGAAAAAAGAAGAACCAGCCAAGAUGCCCCCACAAGUGGCCUGCAAGGAGCUACAGGAGUCGGGGCUGAUCUUUAAUAAGGUGGAAGUGACUGAAGAGGAGCCGACCAGCAAGGCCCAGCGCAGGAAGGAGAAGCGGCAGAAGGUGAAAGGGAACUUGACACCACUGACGGGCAGGAACUACAGGCAGCUGCUGGAGCGUCUACAGGCGCGGCAGGGCCGCCUGGAGGAGCUUCGAGAUCAGGAUGCAGGCAAGGCCCAGGAGCUGGAGGCCAAGAUGAAGUGGACCAAUUUGCUGUACAAGGCUGAGGGUGUGAAGAUCCGUGAUAAUGAACACCUGCUGCAGGAGGCCCUGAAGCGCAAGGAGAAGCGCCGGGCACAGCGGCAGCGCAAGUGGGAGAAGCGCUCCGAGCAUGUGGUGGAGAAGAUGCAGCAGCGUCAGGACAAGCGACGCCAGAACCUGCGAAAGAAGAAGGCGGCUCGAGCUGAGCGGCGGCUGCAGAAGGCCCGUAAGAAGGGCCGCGUGCUGCCACAGGACCUGGAGCGUGCUGGCCUUUCCUGAGCAGCUUGCACCUGCCAGAUUCCUGGCCAGGCACCCUCCCCACCUGGCUGCUAUCUGCAUCCUUGAGGGCUGAAGUGGUAUGCAGUGCUGGUUCACAUUUAAGUGACAAACUGUGUCUCCUGUGUGAGGUCGACCCUUGCACCCCACAGCCAUAGUAAGGGCUCUGACCAUGUGCCAAGAUAUUUCAGCAGCAUCUUUAAGCAGGACAGUGUUCUCCAGUUCCUGAUAGGGGUGAAGGGAUCUGUGCUCAGUGUGCUGUGAAGGGUGUGUGUGUGUGUCAGUGUGUCAGGAAUAGAGGUUGGGAUGGGGCACCCCAUUGACCUCUGCUUGCCCACCUGUAUUUCCAGUAACAAUGAGAACAAAAAGCCUUGACUGCUGAUUCUGUAUCCACAAGUCCCUGGGAACAGACGAGACUAUGGAGCUCUGGGAAAAUCGGCUCCUGUCAGUCAUGUCUCUGGGCCAGAGCUGUCUUGAUCUGCCUGCUUCUUGCAAUUCAAUCUCAUUUUCCUGGGAACCUCAGUGGUCUUAGGCUAGCAUCCAGCUCAAAACCCAGAGUCCUUCCUGAGUCCACAGGAUGUGCAUGAGGUCACAUGGCCACCUGUGAUCCAGUUCGUAGCCAGGCACACAUAUACCCCCACCCCAACAAACAAACCGAAAACAGCUGGUGAGAUCUCGGUGGGUAAAGCACUUCCUAGUGAGCCUGAUGACCCAAGCUUGAUCUUCAGAGCCUGCAGUGGAAGGAGAGCACUGGCCUUAAGACAGUACUGUGGCAUGGCUCUCAUACACGGAAAAAAAAAGAUCUAGGCUAUUGGGCAGAUACAGUUAGGCAAGUGGCUAGAGUUCUAAGUUUUGAAGGGGUUGAAAAUUGUAAAAUAUUCCAAGAAAACCACUGGUUAUGGUUUAAAUCCAUAAUGUCCUCGAAGGCUGUGCCCUAGUGGUGCAGGUACUUUGUGGGAGGUUCCCUUGUGAAAGCUUUUCCCCCUACCAGGUUAUCCUGGCAAGGGCCUUAUUCCUUGGACUUACUCUCUCCUGAGCCAAUUAGCCAAUCAGGGUGUGAAGUUAGCCCACCAAUGGGAUCAGACAUAGUCACCACCUGAGCUGAGGAGAAAAGACUGGCCAGCUUGGCCAUGUGUACUCACAGCCUCAUUUGGGUUCCAGUGUACCUGUUUUUACUAAAAGUGCAUUGUUGAGUUACUUUCACUAUGAGUUUCUUUGUAGACAGUGAAGUUAUUUUCUAAUAGUAUGGCUGGCAGAGACACUUGAUGGGCCCAAGGGCAGGUAGCCUACCUUGCUUCCAUCUAGUUCUGUUUCCUGAACUUUUGCCAUGUGACCACCAACUACCUCAAACCCACGGUCUCCUGGGAUUACAGGUUUCCUCUACCGAGUCUGGCAAAACAAAAUUUAUAUCAAGAGCUCACAACUAGGUCUGGAGAAAUGGUGUCAGUGUUCUGAGUCUCACAGGUUGAUUAGAGAAAGAGACACUGCAGGAGGUUAAGGCCUUGCUGGUGGCUGGGAGAUCAGCCUCCGGACUGAAUCUCAAAAGCCCCACAGAAGCUUAUUUAUUGAUAGCUUUUGUGUAAAACAAGUUUCUCAUACCCAAGUCCCUGAUCUAAUUUAUAUGUUUCCUGAAGGAAAGCAUUUCACCCUUCUGACCUCAGUCCUUAUUAUCCAAUGCAAGAUAUUCCAGGUGUGCCAGGAUUAUCUUGUGACCAAAGUCAUGCAAAGACUGUAGAGCUCCUUGAGAAAAACUACUCUAUAGAUAACAGAAAACAAUCACUGUUUUCUACAAAGUUUUUUUUUUUUUUCAAGGUCUAAGUGCCACGGACCGACCCAGCCGGGUCCCACAAUUGCGGGAAAAUCAGGGUUUUUGGAUAUUAGGAAGGCACAGGUAAGCAAAUGACAGAGAUGACACCAAGAUAGCUUUGACUCUGCUGCAAUUUUACUGAAGUCAGGCUAAUUUGUAGUGAUUACAUAGGGAAACACCUUAAAGUUGGCAUACUUCCCAGAACACUUAGAUUUUUACCAAGAAUACAAAGUUUACAUUUUAACUCAAAAGUGUAGCCAAACAUAAAGCAGUGCCCACAAGAAGUCUUGGCCUGAGAACUUUUUGAUCAAAGCAAACAAAGGACAAAAAAACCUCAAACUGCAGUUUCAUUAUUGCUAACCAGUGAAGAGGAAAGUCAGGAGCUAAGUCAGAUACCUGCCAAAAUCUUUUUCUGCAUCAAAGUCUAAAUACACCUUUGUUAACCAUCCUCCCAUAUGUCUUGCUAAAGACUUAUAAUCUUCCUUAGAAACAAAACGCCAAAGGGAGGCAUGCUCGAGCCAGCUGUACUUUCCUAUGCUCUCUUUUCCUAAGGAGGAGCCCAUUAGUUUUUCACUAUUCUUGUGUUUUCUGAUAAUUUGAUUCAUUACUUCUUUUAAAAUUUUAUUUUUCUUUCAUUCUAUUCUAGUUAAAGCUUUUAGUAAUUUAUCAAAAAUAUGUUUCCUUGAGUAGUUAAUUGUGCUGUUCCAAGAAUCAUAGAGAAAGAUCAAAAGACUCGUUAAUCCAAUCCCACAACCGCAACUGAGAAAACGUAGAAAUCUCAGAAUACGUCUUUUUAGCUUAGGGGGGAGGGGGAGGGGGAGGACACUUGCUAGGGACCUCCAGGGAGCGUAUUUCCGAAGAAAGCGUAUCUCCUGUCUAGUAGCACAAUCUAUUGAUAUGCUACACUGAUGAUGCUGGAGUAGGUGUAGCAUCUAAGUACUUAAAAAAAAAAGCUUUUCAUUCUGAUACCCUAGAUACAGGAAAACCACUAUUUCAUUCUAAUGUCUACCCUAAAUACAAUGAUUCUAGAAUUCCGUUUACAAAUGGCUUCUCAAUUAACACCUAUUUUUGCAGAGGACCGAACAAAUAGCUCAAAAAUAACCCACUCCUAUGAUAAUUAGCUAUUAUUGCUAACAGGGUGGGCUCCCUCUGGAGAGUGGAAGACUUUGUUUGAACAGGGCUUUUGACAUGUUGCCUAGCUUGGUCUUGAACUUGCUCAGCCUCCUGAAUGUUGUUGACUAUCAGUGCGUGCCACCACACCUGAGUCCUACUUCUUGUUUUUUUGUUGUUUGUUUUGUUUUGUUUUGUUUUUGUGUUGGCAUACUUUUUAAGAAACUUAUUUAUGUUUCUUGUAUCUUUCUAUUCCACCCCAAUCCCUUCCAGCACCCCAACACCAGAAUAGGAGAGGGUUACUGGCCCAGUUCUCUCAGUUGCAUCCUGCUGGUUGGGGUCCUCAGGGUCUUCGGUGGCUGCUCUUGUCUAGACUGACACAUACUUUUUGGUGUUGAGCCUCAAGCUAGGUUCCAGCCAGAAGUUAACCAGAUGUUCUUGCAGACAACCUAUUGCUGCCAGAAAUGGCUCAUUUGCUUCUCUGGCAGAGCCCUACCGUAUCUGAGUCAAUGCACUGGCUGUCUUAAGCUCUGAGGCUGCAUUGAGCAUCUUGAGAUCUAAAACUUUCAGUGGCUACUGGGAAAGCUAAUGGUGUUAAUGUUUUAACCUGAGGCUGCUCCUCUGGCACCUCAGUUUGCUCAAGAUUAACCUGUUUUCUUGAAACAGGCCUUUUGCCUUUAACCUUUAGCCUGUACAGUCUUCUGCUCCUCUCAGCUCCCCAGCCGGUCCAGAGGCUUGUGGGACCUUGACACGGAAAGUGCACGGAGCAGGGCUGGGCGGCAGUUGUGGAGAAUUCAGGUAUUCUUCCUUUACCAAUGAUGCUUUUUGUUUUCCAAACAUUUCAACCUCUACCUGCUAAUUUCCUACUCUCAUUGCUGAUUCUGCAAUGAAACAAAACCAAAAAAUCCCCUCUGGGAGAAAAGGAAUAAAACCAGAAGUGGUAGCCUCCGUUCUGCUCGUAUCCUGAAACGGCCUAGUUUCUCUGUGCCCUACUGUCUCCUGCAUGGUGUGACGCAUUAUUUUAAGUCCGAUAUCUGGGCACCAUUUGUUGGUGAACUCUUAAAAAAACUUUGUUUUUUUAUCUUUUUCUCCCUACUCCACCCCAAUCCCUUCCAACACCAGGUAAGAGAGGGAGAGGGUUAGUGGGAGAGGGCGCAGUUCUUUCUUAGCUGCUUCCUGCUGGUUAGGGUUGUCAGGUUCCUUGGAGCCAGUCCGAUCCUAAUUUCAGGAGAUCUCCAACCUCUUGUCUCACAGCAGCAAAGGGGAGCAAAAUUGUUCUUUCUCUGAUCUCUCUGGGCUCUGGUAUUUAUUUUCUCUCCAGAGUCCUCAGAUUGAAACUAUCUGCAGCUGGCAAAGAGCUCCUCUCAAAGCCCACAUGAAGCAGAGUUUGCUGCUGUGGACCAUCUGAAUCAGUCCCCCCUCCCACACCUGGAACCAAAACAAAAACAUGUUUAUAUCCACAACAUUUUUGUUUUUUAGAAUUGCUGUCUGCAUAUCUUUGGCUGUCACAGAACUCACCCUGUAGACCAGGCUGGCCUUGAACUUCGAGAUCUAUGUGCUUCUGCUGCUUCCUUAGGGCUAUGAUUAAAGGCUUCUUACCACUACUCCUUAACACACAGGCACACAUUUGUGCAGCUGAAUCCUAAGUGUGGGUGGAGGAGGGACACUCAAAACAAUCACUUAAGGACAAAAUGGCUCCACUAGGUGUGGGCAGACCAUCAGUCCUCAAGGGCACAUCAGGAUUAGGUUUUCACAACCCUUUUCACAAAAUCAGGAAAUGCUGCCGGGGAAAACCAGACAAAGACAUGGAAGUUCUGAGGUUUAGGGGCAUGGAACAUCUGAGAGCUGAAAGUAAGAAUGUAUAUUCUUGGGCCUGGCACAUGCCUUUAACCCCAUAGAACUCACUGUGUAGACCAGGCUGACCUCAGUCUCUCAGAGAUGGAUCUGUCUUCUAAGUGCUGGAGUUUAAGGUGUGCACCAACCUGGUCUAGUGAUUAACUCAUUAAAAAAAUCCUACUAGGUUUUUGUUUAUUUUUUGAAAUUAAAGUGUAAUUACAUCAUUUCCCUUUUUAUGUAACAGCCCUUGCUGUCUCUCAAAUUUAUGGCCUGUUUCUUUGUUUCAAAUGUAAGUGCAUAUAUAAAUACAACGAGCCCAGUUUGUA